AUGAAUCAAAUUUCCCAAAACAUCCUGGUUCAAAAACUAAUCGACUAUAAACUAAGGUAAAUUAGAUUAAAAUAAAUUAAAGAAAGAACAAAAACAAAAGAAAAUCGAGUCCUUAAUUUUCACCCCCCAAGAUGCCAAUAUCUUAGAGAUAGACAUCACUUUCAAAUGGUCAUGCAUAUUCGAUUCAUUAAAAAUUGAAAUCAAUACAAAGUGAAGAGAAAGUAUUCAUUCCUCAGGCUAUACCACAGUCCCUGAUUUACUUGAUCUAUUGAGUC